CUUCUGCCUAUAAAUAUAAAGACGUCAGGUCCUCCGCUGAAGAUAAGAAUUCAUACGUGUACGAAAUCCUUUCUGUAGCUGAACGAACACGUCUAUUUGAAGGUAGCAAUUUUGGAAAAAAGCAUUAUGGCAUUAGUUUCUGGAGGAAGAUCAUCGUUGAAUCCAAAUGCGCCCCUCUUCGUUCCUUCGUUUGUGCGCCAAGUGGAGGAUUUUUCCCCAGAAUGGUGGAAUUUGGUGACAACUUCAACAUGGUUCCAUGACUAUUGGAUGAGCCAGAACCAGGGAGAGGAAUAUGGUAAUGAUCAAUAUGGAGCUGGUAAUGAUAUGGCUGAUUUGCUUCCUGAGAAUAUUGAUCUCAAUGUGGAUGAGGAUAUCUUGAACAUGGAAGCUCAGUUUGAGGAAUUUCUCCAAUCAUCCCAAGGUGGGCAACAAGGAAUUAAGUCACCUCUCUACGGUGUCAAUGGAGUGCCACAAUAUGGUUUGCCCAAUGUUUCUGAUACACUGAUAAGAACUAUGAGUUCACCAAGAUCCCCCGUUUCGCCACCAAUGUACUAUGAGAAGCCAGCCAAGAUCGUGAGCCCAACGAACAGCUUCCGCAGCAUCCAACAGCCUUGCUGAAUGUGAUUAGCUUAGCAAAAGCUUUUGGUUUGCAUUCAGAAAGUCAGUUCUUAGUUUGCAGCUACUCUUGACAAGCAGUAGUUAAGAAAGUCUCGAGUUUUAGUUUUCAUGUAACCUUUUGUAUAGAGCAAGGUAGGGCAGCACUCUUGUAUCUAGCCUUGUUCAUAGUCUGAUAUCCUUUCUUUAGCUUUACUUGUAAACAACAGAACUAUAAAAAGGGGAAAAAAAUGUAAAAUUCAGUUGACAAAAAGUGGAAAAAAGAGCAGCUUUCUAGUUUCGUUUC